AUGCUGAGGCCUCGCCAAGUGAACCAUAAUUCUGCGGGGCGUGUUACACGCCGGGAGCUCACCUGGCACUCGGGUCCUGGGCUACUCGGUGUGAUCUGCAGGGGCCCGGAUGGUUUUUGUCCUCCAGAGAACCCGACUCGGAACCUGCACGAUGUUGCGGGCGGAUGCUCCAACUGGGCGCACUGGAGAACCGCCACCCUGGAGGUCGCAGGUACACGAGGCUGGAGUAGCUGGGACACCUGCUGCUCCUCCACACCUGGACGAAGCUUCUUCGCCAGGGUGGAGGAGUUCGGCAACGGGAGCAUUCGUGUUUCCGGACUCUGCGACGUGGAGGGUGCCAGGAAAGCUGCCAAUCAGGUCUACCACCUUGCCGGCACAACAGCUGGUGGCCAGCACUGGUACGUCUCUAGCGAAAGGAUUGAAGGUUUCAGCGCGCAGGGCUACGCACACGACGCAGAGCAAAGGCAGGGCGAGGCAGCACAGAGCGACGGAGUCGCAUUCCCUCUGGCCCUUCCAAUCGCCGCUGGCAUCGUCCUCAACAUUCUGGUUCUUAGUCUUCGGCACUGGCGGCGGCGUGCCGCAGCGAGCGUCCAGGAACUUGAGCCGCCGCCUGUGCCGCAGGAGUCUGCUGGGACACCGCUAGAGACUUCCCCAGGUUCAGAAGAGCCCAGCUCCAGCCGUGUCAUCGGAAAGCCUGACGAAUCCGACGGCGAAGCAGAGGAUGAUCCUGCCAGCGAGCCAGCGCAGAUCAUGAUUUAG